UUUAAGGUGUCUCCUACUAACCUCUCCAAAAUCCCAACGGACCCGGUGGUGACUGGUGCUUCAGAGGGGAUAGGGAGAGCGUACGCAGUGGCACUGGCUGAGCGAGGUCUGAAUGUUGUUAUUAUGAGCAGAACCAAAGAGAAACUGGACCAGCUGGCUGAAGAAAUAGGUGAAAAAACAGGACAGAAGGUGAAAGUGAUAGUGGCUGAUUUUACUAAGGACGACAUAUAUGGAGACAUUGAAGAGCAGCUUCAGGACCUCAACGUUGGAGUUUUGGUCAACAACGUCGGUGCGCUGCCCACUUUCAUCCCCUGUAGAUUUCUUGAUACCAAAGAGCUCGACACGGUAAUAACAAAAGUGAUAAACUGCAAUGUGAAAACUAUGAUGAAGAUGUGCAGAAUAGUCCUCCCAGGCAUGGAGAACAGGAGAAAGGGGCUGAUUGUGAACAUUUCAUCUGGAAUAGUUUGUGUUCCAAUUCCACUGUACACCCUUUACGCMGCUUCAAAGGUCUUUGUGGAAAGAUUUUCUCGAGGUCUCCAAGCGGAAUAUAAAGACAAAGGGAUUCUUAUACAGGGCACAAUGGGAACUGGAGGCGCUCAGGAGCCAGCGAAUUCACCCAAAUUACAGCUACCAGUUGCUCGGGUAACCGGAGAGGAAUGAGGGCCAAAUGAUGGUGUGUAAUUUCCUAAUGAAUCAGGGGGCAGUGCUUCUUUUUCACACGUAGAGACCUCCUCUGCCUGUUAGCGUAACAACAGGAGGGCUUCUCCAGUGCAGUUGUUCGCUUGGUGAGUCACCCAAACAUUGUGCAUAAUUUCAUAUACAAAUGGUCAUAAGGGGUUUUUUUCUUUCUAUUUAGUAGGCACAAUUUUAUUACACAGUUUAACAAGGUACAGCCUUUUUCAGCCCCCUGAGAAAUUAUACAAUAUUGUAAAAUACCGUAUAUUGUUGACUCAUUUAAAAAAAAUCCUUCUCGGUAUUUUAGUUUGGAGAGGUUCUGAUCAGUUUUAAAGUGCCCGUGAAUUUUCAUUUUAUUAUUUUUUUAAUAAUACAAAUGCAUUUUGUAAGGAUAACAUAGUGCAAAAAACAACCUGACACUGCUAAGAUUAACAGUGAGAUAUUUGCAUGUGAAGCAACAGGAAGUGGUGUCAAAGMGGAAUGUCUGCAUGUGAGGAGAGCUCUGUUAAAACAACACAGACUGUAGAAAAUAAUYUUUCUUUAGAUCAUAGAUCAUUUUGAGUCACUUUCAGAAUGAGACAAAAGAGUCUGGGUUCAAAUAAUAUUGUUUUAAAAGGGGCAAUAUUAUGUGUUUCUCAGGCAUAUAUUGAAAUACUAUACCAUAAUA